AAACUCCCAGUAUGAGGCAAAGCAUUCCCACUGCAGCAAUUGGUCCACGGGAGCUAUAAAUUGGUCUCCUCCAGAAACAGACCAAAAUUUGUCUGUGGGGAGGUCAGCCAGAAACUAAAGGCAGAGGCCAUGGAGAGGAAUGGUGCUGCCCGUCCCCAGGUGCCAGACCCCACGCACCACUUCCACAGAGCGCUGCUGGAUCAGCGACGGAGGCUGCGAGGUCAGAUUGCUCACCUUCACAAGGCAGCUCGCAAAAUCAACAAGCUUCGCAAAAGAUCCCUGAUUGCCAACAUCAGUGGGAGCUCACUGACAGCCGUGGGAGCAGUCACGGCCAUCGUGGGAUUGUCUCUAAGCCCAGCUACACUGGGAGCCUCCCUCCUGGCAUCUGCAGUGGGUUUGGGCUUAGCCACUGCUGGAGGAGCUGUCAGCAUCACCUCCGAUCUCUCUGCCGUGCUCUGCAAUUCCCGGGAGGUGAAGAAGGUGCAGGAAAUUGCAAUGACUUGUCGGAAACAGAUGAGGGAAAUCCUCAGCUGCCUGGAAUUCCUCCGCCGUGUGCAGGGCCCAGGGGACCCCAAGCUUCUCCAGUCAGAGAAGAGAGCAUCCAUCUCCCUGUAUAACUCUGUCUGCUUCAUGGUCUUCUGUGGCUCCCACAGCUUCCUUGUUCCAGAAUAUACAAAAGAGGUCACAAAAGUGAGCCAGGCCAUGCUGAAGGCCAAAAUCCAGAAGCUGGCUGCCAACCUUGAGAUCUGCACCAGAGCAAUGGACGAAGUCUGUGAACUCCUUGAGUCCAGGACAGAGCUUUCCCCACAAAUGAGGAAACUCAACUUGGGUGCUAGAACCACCGCUGAGACCCCAAGACCAUCCAGUUGAAACAGCAAUUGCCCUGUAAUGAAACCAGGCUUGAAAACACUACGUAACUGUCACCAUUGGCACUGCUACCUGUUGCUGUUGUAAUAUUGGUGGUGCUCAUCCACAUAGAUGCACACGUCUCUUGUGCCUUAUUUAUAUUUGAACACAAACCUCUCCCUGAUAUCAAGACAGAGUUACACAUACACACACACACACACACAGAUACACCCCACUGCCUCACAGCAGCCCCCUGGCUCAGGGUAUGGACAUGAGGACUACUGGGUACAUGGCAGCAGAUCCCAGAGCCAGAACACAGGGGUAGGUGGCCAUUCCUCAAUUCCAUGUUUCCUCAUCCAUCUCCAUGACUCUGCUUCCUCAUGUAGCAGAAAGAAGUAGGUCAGCAGAGUGAUGAAAUCCCUGCAGUCUUUGGGCUGACAGACCCUGGUCUGUGGAUAACUCAUGAAUCUAUGAAUGCUGAAGGGGCUGUGAUACCCUCAAAGAGCCAGCAGCCACCAACUUCCGGUAGAGUACAGCCCUAUUUCCAAAGGUACAUCUGGGAAGGCUGUUGAAAGGAGCAGCCCCAGAUAUGACAGACUGUGUGGAUGGCUCAGUCAUCCCAGGGUAAAGCAGAAGAGCCAGAAACUGUUAUCCUUUAUAAAGAAACCUCUCCAAGAUAAGAACUGUGAUGUUUGUGUUCUAUUUAUUUACGUGAGAUGUUUUUAAAGUUUUGAUAUUGUAUUUUAAAGUUUUGAUAUUUUAUUUAAGUAUUUUGUUUUCCUUUUAAAAAGAGGUCUCUGCUCCAAGGGAGUGCAGCUGUUCUUAGAGGCAAAGCAAGUCUGUGGCAAGUGAGAGCAAGUUACAAGUUCUUUGGCUGUGAGGGUAAGUCUCUGUAGGAAAGGGAAAGAUGAAUGCUGAUAGUUAUAAGACAGAUGAACUGUGGUUAAUCACUGACAGAUCUUAGAAACCAAAACAGGGAGAUGGGUCAAUGACCCUGGGACCAGAGCCUGCCUCAGGAGACUCUCUGGGGGAAGAGUCAGUGUACCUCUUGGAGCAUGGAGGGAAGAAUAUGCUGGUGUUAUGCUCUGAGCUGGAGACCGGCUGAGAGAAGAGCACACCUGAGAGGUGGUAGUGCUGCUCUCUGUGCAGUCAAACAGCCUGUGAGACCCACCCCAGUUGUCUGGGGAGGGAGGAGGCAGCACGCACAGAGCUACACAUAUGCUUAGCAAUGCUUCCCAGGGAAGGCUUCACAUCAGCAAUAUAUAUACACUGGUACUAAUAGUCAACAAAGGUGAAGAAAAGGAGGAUGAUUCAGGGGUCAGAGCACUGAGGAAGCAGGAGGAAUGACUUGGACUCAAUUUCAAGUGACUGUCCUGCUAAGGAUGUCCUUUGUGAUUUUCAGCACUUCAGUGCCUCAGUUCUCCAUGCAAAAAUGGGAAUAGUAGCACUUCUCUACCUCACAAGGAUGUUUCUGGGACAAAUAUUCUGAAGUGCUCAGGUGCUGUGGUGGUGGAGAUCAUGUCAGUACCUGGAAGAGAUAGAAAGAAGAACCCCCAAAAUCUAGCUUGAGACAACCAGAGAACUUAAUGCAGGGACAAUUCCAGCCCCAUGAGUAGAAUCCAAAUAGUGAGGGGAACUUCGCUUGGGGUUUGUGAAUCAAAAUGAUGAAAAAGAUGAUUUGUAAUUCUAUCACACCGAAUAAACUCUUGGGAAGGGCUAUACUCCAAUUCACAAAGCUCAACUCCUUCUCAAGCUGUCUCUCCCUCUCACAACUUCAACAUGUGUUUUGAUGUGUAAAACAAAAGCUUUUGUCCCUCAGAAUGUGACUGAGUUGUCUGUAAUGCCCAUGCUUCUUUGCUGUAAGGGGAAAGUACACUGCUAGUUCAAUUAAAUGAAUAUGAAGUA